AUGAAGUGCACUCUGUGGAAUUAUCGAGGGGCAAAUAAACCCCAAUUUCGAAGAUCGGUUAGAUAUUUGGUGAAGAAGUUCAAGACAGAUAUCCUUGCUGUUUUUGAAACUCAUGCUGGUGGAGAAGCGGCAGGCCGGAUUUGUCGUGGUCUAGGGUUUGAAAACUCGUUUCGGGUGGAUGCGUGUGGCCAGAGUGGAGGUUUAUGGCUGUUAUGGAGGGAGGAGAUUGGAGAGCUUGAGGUGGUCAAGUCGUCGGAUCAGUUUAUACAUGCUCGAAUCGGGAAUGGAGCAGAGGUGAUUAAUCUGAUUGUUGUGUAUGCGGCUCCUUCACCGAGCCGUAGAAGUGGCUUAUGGGCUGCUUUAGAAGAAGUUUUGCGUAAUGCGGAGGGUCCGGUGUUCGUUGGGGGAGACUUUAAUACAAUAGUGAGGAUAGAUGAAAGGAGUGGUGGGAAUGGGAGAUUGUCUGAGGAUUCUCUAAAGUUUGGUGAUUGGAUAAAUGAUAUGUCACUGAUUGAUAUGGGAUUUCAUGGCAAUCAAUUCACAUGGAAAAGAGGGAAAACUGAAAGCACAUUUCUAGCGAAGAGGCUGGAUAGAAUAUUAUGUUGUGCCCAGUCUAGACUCAGGUGGCAGGAGGCAAGUGUGAGGCAUUUACCUUUCUUAGCAUCAGACCACGCUCCUUUGUAUAAACAGCUCACACCGGAGGUUAAGGGUGAUGCACGUCGACGUCCAUUUCGUUUUGAGGCGGCAUGGCUACAACAUAAUGAGUUUCAAGACUUGCAAACAACUUCAUGGGAUCGUGAUAUUGAUACAAGAGAGGCUUUGCAGAGGUUGGAAGUGACACUCCGAAAGUGA